CGUUGACUCUUUUCUCUUCGUUUCUCUCUCUAGAAGAUUUAAAAAGGAUUAAAGAAAGGUGAAAGGUCCAUUAGAAAUGGUGCCGACUGGUUACAUGCGUCUAUAAAGGAGCCCUCCGUCCAAAUCCAUCUUAUUUUAAACCCUAGGGUUUUGUCGAUCUACUAUCUGCAUUUCUUCUGCGUUUCAUUCUGUCCAUUACCUGGCCGCUUUGCUAGAAGUAGAGAAUGUCGAGUGUCAGUGCGACGCAGGUUGGCCCUUAUUUCGUUGGACAGUUCUAUCAGAUUCUUCAGCAGCAGCCUGAUUUCGCUCAUCAGUUUUAUAAUGAUUCGAGCACAAUUAUUCGGAUCGAUGGUGACUCGACUGAGACGGCGGCGGAUAUGUUGCAAAUCCAUAAUCUCAUCAUGUCGCUUAACUAUACGGGGAUAGAAAUAAGAACGAUAAAUGCACUUGAGUCUUGGGAGAGAGAAAUUCUUGUGGUGGUUUCAGGGUUUGUUAAAGGCAAGCAUUUCAAUGGGAAAAGGAACUUUGUGGAAACUUUUUGUCUUGCUCCACAGGAGAAGGGCUAUUUUGUUCUCAAUGAUGUCUUUCACUUUGUAAACGAAGAAGGGUUACACCAUCACCCAGGUCCAAAUAUACUUGAGAGAAAAACUGGUCAGAAAAUAUUUCCCUCCACAUCAGUUCCAGAGCCUACAGAAGAACCUGACUAUGGCCUAGAAGAGCAGGCUGCUGAAUAUAUGAACUCUCUCAACAUUGAAGGAGAGGUUCCUAUUGAACAUUACAGUUUCCAAGAUCAUCAAGAGGAGGAGGAGCAUCAGGAAGUCUUUGAAUCUGAGCCUGCUUUUGAGGAAGCCUAUUUAGAAGAGUCACCUGCUUAUCCUCAAGAUGUUUCUGUUCAAAUACCUUCCGAACCGUUUACUUCUGUCUCAGAACCUGUUGGGGAGCCAGCCAAGCUUUCAUACGCCUCCAUUUUACGAGUUGCUAAAGGACCUUCUGUGACAGCAGUUGCUGCUACAAAGCCAUCUUUUAGCAAUGGUCCUGCUGCUCCUGAACCCGAAUGGGAGUUAACACCACAACCUGCUGCUGCCCCAAGGUUGGAUUUCUUAGAGCCUACUGCAGAGGCAUCAGAAGACGUGCUGCCUCUAGAAGAUGAGGGUGAAUUGAAAUCUGUUUACGUGAGAAACUUGCCGUCUACAAUAGCUGCUGCUGAUAUUGAGCAAGAGUUCAGACAUUUUGGCAAGAUCAAGCAGGAUGGUGUCUUCAUCAGGAACCGAAAUGAUAUCGGUGUGUGCUAUGCAUUUGUUGAGUUUGAAGAUCUUCAGGCUGUUCAUAGUGCUAUCCAGGCAUCACCGAUUCUGUUGGGUGGAAGGCCAGUGUAUGUGGAGGGGAGGAGAGCAAGCAGCAUUGGCAGUGCCCGUGGAGGUGGAAGGAGGGGAGGAAGAGGAAGAGGGGGAUAUCAAGCAGAGAUGCCUCAAAGAGGAGGAGGAGGACGUUAUGGUGGAAGAACUUCUAACCGGGGAGGGGGAGGAGGCUAUCAAGACAGCGGAGAUUUCUCCAGGUCAAGAAACAGCAAUGGCUUUCGAGGUUCUUAAUUUUCCAUAACUAACUGUACUCUAUAACCAAAAUGUAUGGCUGACUUUGGAUUUCAGCCAAAUGUGUUGUGAUGUUAAAAGUACUCUCUUUGUGUAUGUUUGGAGUUGUGUUUUUGCUUUGGAUGGAAUUGAUGAUAUUUAAUCAGCAACUUUAAUAUC